AUUUGAACCAUUUGAACCACUUCGCUGUUUGAAUAAUUCUCAGGACCAGUUCGUUGCAUUUGGCGGGUGGUACGCCUUUUGAUCGGUCAGCUGCAUUUUGAAAAUCACCACAAUGUUGACUCGCAGCCGUUUCGGGGUCUACGCUAAUGAAAACGCUGCCGUUGGUGUUAAGGAUAAUCUCAUCCAAAAAGUCAAAAGCACGGGUGUGUCAACGAGGUCACGCGCAGCACUAGGUGAUAUUAAGAAUAAGGCUACUAGUAUCUUGCCGAAAGAAGCAGAGAAACAAAAAGGCUUGAAGAAUGACAAAUGUUUGGAACUAAGUGAGAUUAGUAAUCACGUUAUUAUUCCGCUUCAGAAAAAGAAAAACAACUCGACAUGAGUAUCGAUGGUUCAACUCCUGACGUUACGACUCAAAAACAAACUGAUCAACUCAAGGAGUUUCGAUCCAGCCGAAGACUCAUUCGUUCAGAAUGUUUAGCGUCUCAGUUGGCGGAGGAAUUUUUGGAGAUUGACCGAAACGACUACGGAGAUGCCGCUUCGGUUUACCCUUAUUCUGAACGAAUAUUUAAUUAUCUUCAAGAUAGAGAACUGUUAGUACAACCCCUAGUAGCUGACUACAUGGCCACAAAUUGUGAAAUCACUCCCAGAAUGCGUUACAUCUUAAUUAAUUGGCUUGUCCAAGUACACUACAGUUAUAAACUGCAACCUGAGACCCUCUAUUUAUGUGUUGGUAUUUUGGACCGUUAUUUAUUGAAAAAUUCAAAAAGCCUGACAAAGGAUGGGUUUCAACUUAUAGGCGUGGCAUCAUUAUUCAUUGCUGCCAAAUUCGAAGAAAUGUAUCCACCCGAUAUAAGCGACUUUUCAUCAAUUACAAACAAUACUUAUUCUAAAAGUGACAUAAGAAACACCGAACAAAUUAUAUUGCAAUCGACUGAUUUCUAUUUGUCGAUUCCAACUCCAUUAGUAUUUUUGCGUCGCUUGUCAAAGGCUGUGGAUGCUGAUAGGACUAUGCACAACCUGGCUAAAUAUUUCUUGGAACUUACGAUACAAGAGUAUGAUCUUGCGCAUCUUCCAGGAAACCUCCGCUCUGUGAUUGCGUUGUGUCUGUCUCGAGCGCUGUGUCUAGGCACUUCAGAACUUGAAAGGGCUUGGUGUGACAAACUGUCUUAUCUUAGCGGUUAUAAGUUAGAUGAUAUACGUGAUCAUCUGCAGAUUCUCGCUCGGGCUGCUUAUCGUCAAAAUUCUCCUUCGAAAUAUAGAGCAAUAUUUAACAAGUAUCGUGUGGACGAUUUCUAUGGACGUGUAGCAUCUUUGCCUCAACUUCGCUCAUAUCUAAUGGAAACCCUAGCAGAUCUCAAAUUCGACAGUGAUGGAGAGGCAAAUCCAGUUUAGUGCUGUUGAGAUAAACUUCAUGCUAAUAGAAAUUCAGUGAUGUCGUCAUUUAAUUGUCUAGCUGUCUCGGUCUAUUUAUUUUCCCGAUUAUUUAUUUUCUAUCUCCUAUCGAGAUCCUUGAUUAUCUCAUUGGAAUAAGUGUAUAUUUUACUAUGAUCGUCCUCGAUUUUAGUGUAUAAUCUUAUAAUACACACUUUUAUCAACCCA